AUGUCGGUUUUGCGUGCAGAAAAGAACAUCCUGCAAGCUCCGCGCCUGGUCACUAAACUUUCCAAUACAACUGGCAGACUGCUCAAGACGCGAAUUGCCGAACACGCGGCAGCAGUGCGGCGAAAUAAUGCCAAUUCUCAAGCUGCGGCUCAUUCGAUGAGACCUGGCCACACGUUCAAAUUUGAUGAGGCCGAAAUUCUCGCAAGAGGUGACAAUAGGGUGAGCCGAGAAUUACUUGAGUCAUGGUUCACGGGCCCUCAAUCCAUAUUCGCUGCUGGGACUCAAUUUGGCCAAAGCAAGUCGUCACUUGGGGAACGGACAGGUCACCGCGUCAUCCUACGCCAACACCGAAGGGCCGGAUGGCCGAGCACUCAUCACGCUCAAGUCCACCACACGUGA